AUAAAUUACACUUCAUGGUUUCUGCGCUUUUAAAGAGCCUGAUCUCAUCUUACAUAUAUAAGAUUUGCAAAGGAAUGUUUACAAAGAAACCGGGAAAUAGUACAAAAAAGAGAGAGAGUUGUCAGAGCAAAAAGGAACCAGACCUAUCCCAGGCUGGGCAAACAAAAAAUCCAAAAUUUUCAAAUACUUUAAAAAGCACUGUUAAAAAGAUCGCCAAGUGUCCAUCUGCUCGCAACUUAUCAACUGAAGAAGAGGAAAGUAAUAGAGAAUUUUCGCUUUCUCCAACAUUCAGUUACAGAGUUGCCAUUGCCAAUGGACUACAAAAGCCUAUUUUUGUAACAAACAAUAAUAAUGAAGAUAUAGUUCAAGAUCUGUCUUCAAAUGAUAGUUCAUAUUCUGAAUCAUUAAGUGAAGUAAAAAGUAACGGCAAGAGAAAGGAAUAUUUGUCACACACAAUGCCUGUGCGACGCAACAGAAAGAGUUUAAGCAGCCUUGCACCAUCUGAUGGAAGCUCUGAUGGAGAACGUACUUUACACACGUUAAAGCUGGGAGCUUUACGAAAAUUAAGGAAAUGGAAGAAGAGUCAGGAAUGUGUCUCUUCAGACUCAGAGCUAAGUACUUGGAGAAAAACUUGGGGCUUAAGAAGUAAAUCUUUAGACAGAACUGGUCGCCACCAGAAAUCAAAUACUCUUGAACCUGGUUUUAGUUCAACAGGUUGCAUUAGUCAAACACAUGACGUUAUGGAAAUGAUCUUUAAAGAGCUUCAGGGAAUCAGUCAAAUUGAAACAGAACUUUCUGAACUAAGAGGCCAUGUAAAUGCUCUGAAACAAUCAAUUGAUGAAAUUUCUAGUAGUGUGGAAGUUGUACAAAGUGAAAUUGAACAAUUGCGAACUGGAUUUGUACARUCCAGAAGAGAAACUAGAGACAUACAUGACUACAUUAAGCAAAUCGGCUAUCCAGGAGACAAAGCAAGUCUUAGGUUUCUAAACGUGCCUGAAGAUAGAUUUGAAAAAACUGAAAAUACGGUUUACAAGAUAUUAAUAGAUAAAAUGGGUUUUUCAGAGGCACACAGCACUAUUAAGAUUGAAUUUGCCCAAAGACUGGGGCAACAAAGAGACUGUCCAAAUGCAAAGCCGAGACCAAUUCUUGUUUAUUUUGAGUCAUCGCAACAUAGAGAUCUGAUUUUAAAAAAGUCUUACAAGCUUAAGGGAACUGGCAUUGGAAUUUCUACAGAUAUUUUUUCCCAUGACAUUAAAGAGAAAAAAGAAAGAGGACUACCCUCUUCCCAGACGUAUGAGAGCAUGGACAUGAAGCUGUUAACUGUGGAGACAAAAGCUAAAAAGCAUGAUUGGGAGUCACCUGACAGUGAUAAAGAGAUGGAAUCAGAUAUAAAUAAGAACAGUUAUGCAAAGAUAUCUAAAUCUGCCCUUCAAAUAAAAACAAGCACUACCAAGGGCAGUAUUCAGUCACCAAAUACUGCAGACCUUAAUAGAACUACUGAUAGUAGCUCUUUUUCAAACAGAAAAAAAUACCGUGAUCAGUCACCAGAAUAUGAGAAUGCGGAAAAUCAGUCAAAGGCCUACUACUCAGACAUGACCCCGGUAUGGCAUUCACAGAAUGACUUUGCAACCCCUAAACUUAGCCAUUCGGACUCUGAUUUCUCAAAAUUGUGUCAGUCAUAUUCUGAUGAUUUUUCUGAAAAUCAGUAUUUUAGCAGAACAAAUGGCAGUUCGCUGUUGUCUUCCUCAGAUCGAGAACUUUGGCAAAGACGACAAGAUGAUUCUGUCAACUGGUAUGGUAGCUCCCAGGAGCAAACUUUUGCCCAAGAUGUGCAACAGUAUCCAGUGCAAAAUGAAGUCAGGAACACAGAAACAAUUGACAGUGGAGUAAGCAAUGGAAUAAUAGGUGUUUCUGGAGACAGAAGCCACUGUAGUGGUUCCCAGCUUUCUUUGCAUGAUGAUCUUUCACCGUGGAAAGAUUGGAAUCAGUUGGAACAAGGGGUAGAUUUGGGGUUAGAUUCGUCUACCCAAGAAGUUUUUGCAUAUGAUAUGAGUAGCCCUUCAGAUCAGCAGAUGGAUUUUGGAAAGUGCCAAAGUUCUGAUCUACAGUAUGACACCGAGAGUUACGAUUAUACCCUCGAUGGUACUUCUCCAUCAUGUGCAGGUCUUGACAGUGAGUCACAAAGUCAGUGGACUGGUCAAUAUGAUGAUUAUCAGGAAACAAAUUCAAACUCCCUUUAUCAGAAUCAGAACAGAUUGCCUAUGAUGUACCGAAGUCAGAGUGAACUACCAAGCGAUGACUCAGAAGAAGCACCCCCUAAGUCUUGGCACAGCCGGUUAAGCAUAGAUCUUUCUGAUAAAACUUUCAGCUUUCCUAAGUUUGGAUCAACACUUCAGCGUGCUAAGUCAGCAUUGGAAGUGGUCUGGAAUAAAAGCACACAAAGUUUAAGUGGGUAUGAAGACAGUGGAUCUUCUUUCAUGGGACGGUUUAGGACUUUAUCUCAGUCUACUGCAAAUGAAUCGAGCACAACACUCGAUUCUGAUGUUUACACUGAGCCUUAUUACUAUAAAGCAGAGGAUGAGGGAGACUUAAUUGAACCAGCUGGUGAGAAUGAAACAGAUUACGUAGAGGUAAUGGAACAAGUCCUUGCUAAACUAGAAAAUAGAACUAGUACCAGUGAAACAAGUGAACGCAUCCAAGAGUAUGACCUGGAACAGCCUUCAUAUGAAACUCCUUAUGCAACACUACAGGAGGAGGAAUAUGACACACAGAUUGAUAGUGUGGUCAGUGAAGCAAUAUUGGAAGUUGAAGGUGACAUGGAAGCUGACGUACAAGUAAAGGAAGAUGAAAAUCAGAAUGUUCCGGAAAUGCCUGUUGAAACUCCAAAAAAAAAAAAAAUACGCCCGUCAUUUAAAGAAGCUGCUUUAAAAGCUUACAAAAAGCAGAUGAGUGAGUUGGAAGAGAAGAUCCUUGCUGGAGAURGCAGUUCUGUGGAUGAAAAGGCUCGGAUAGUAAGUGGAAGUUCUUUGGAUACUUCCAAGCUUUAUGCAGUCCAGGCAUUUGCUGGAGCUGGCCGUGGGCUGUAUGGAAUUGAUAGUAUGCCAGACCUGCGUAGAAAGAAAUCUUUUCCCAUUGUUCGAGAUGUGGCUAUGACACUUGCUGCCCGAAAAUCUGGUAUUUCCAUGACAAUGCUUAUUCGGACCUCCAUAAACAAUGAAGAAAUGAAAAUACAUGUCUUCAAGAAGACAUUGCAGGCUUUGAUCUAUCCAAUGUCAUCAACUACACCUCAUAACUUUGAAGUCUGGACGGCUACAACUCCCACAUACUGUUAYGAAUGUGAAGGUCUACUUUGGGGUAUAGCCAGGCAAGGCAUGAGAUGCACUGAAUGCGGUGUCAAAUGUCAUGAGAAGUGCCAAGACCUCCUAAAUGCUGAUUGUUUGCAGAGAGCUGCUGAGAARAGUUCCAAACAUGGUGCAGAAGAUAAAACACAGAAUAUUAUUAGUGCUAUGAAGGAAAGAAUGAAGAUUAGAGAGAAAAAUAGACCAGAGGUAUUUGAGGUGAUCCAAGAAAUGUUUAAUAUUUCCAAAGAAGAUUUUGUACUAUAUACAAAGGCAGCAAAACAAAGUGUUUUAGAUGGAACAUCCAAGUGGUCAGCAAAAAUAACCAUCACAGUGCUUUGUGCUCAGGGCUUACAAGCUAAAGACAAAACUGGCUCAAGUGACCCAUAUGUUACUGUGCAAGUUGGCAAAAACAAGCGGAGAACAAAGACUAUAUUUGGAAACUUGAAUCCAAUCUGGGAUGAAAAAUUUUAUUUUGAAUGCCAUAACUCUACAGAUAGAAUAAAAGUGAGAGUCUGGGAUGAAGAUGAUGAUAUUAAAUCCAGAGUAAAACAACAUUUCAAAAAGGAAUCAGAUGAUUUUCUUGGGCAAACAAUCAUUGAAGUAAGAACACUAAGUGGAGAAAUGGACGUAUGGUAUAAUUUAGAAAAGCGGACAGAUAAAUCAGCUGUCUCUGGUGCCAUUAGAUUGAAAAUCAAUGUUGAAAUAAAAGGAGAGGAGAAAGUUGCUCCCUACCAUGUGCAGUACACGUGUUUACACGAGAAUCUAUUCCAUUACUUGACGGAAGUUAAAUCCAAUGGUGUUGUAAAAAUCCCUGAAGUGAGAGGUGACGAAGCCUGGAAGGUCUACUUUGAUGAUGCUGCACAAGAAAUUGUAGAUGAAUUUGCAAUGCGCUAUGGAAUUGAAUAUAUUUAUCAAGCUAUGACGCACUUUUCUUGUCUGUCUUCUAAAUAUAUGUGCCCUGGUGUGCCAGCAGUUAUGAGUACAUUGUUGGCCAACAUAAAUGCUUUCUAUGCACAUACUACAGCUACAACCAAUGUAUCUGCCUCAGAUCGGUUUGCUGCUACUAAUUUUGGGAGGGAAAAAUUUAUAAAACUGCUGGAUCAAUUGCACAAUUCUUUGAGGAUUGACUUAUCUAAAUACAGGGAUAAUUUUCCUGCCAGCAAUUCUGAAAGACUUCAAGAUCUGAAAUCAACUGUAGACCUACUAACCAGCAUCACAUUUUUUCGAAUGAAGGUUCUUGAGUUGCAGAGCCCACCUCGAGCCAGUACUGUGGUGAAAGAUUGUGUUAGAGCCUGUUUGGACUCAACUUACAAAUACAUUUUUGACAAUUGCUAUGACCUCUACUCCCAGCUAAUGGAUCAGGGUAAGAAACAAGAAGUUCCUCGAGAAGAACAGGGACCAACAACAAAGAACUUGGAUUUUUGGGCACAACUUAUUACCCUAAUGGUCACCAUCAUUGAUGAAGAAAAAACAGCAUAUACACCUGUCUUGAAUCAGUUCCCUCAAGAGCUGAACAUGGGAAAAAUCAGUGCUGAAAUCAUGUGGACUAUGUUUGCCCAGGAUAUGAAGUAUGCUCUGGAAGAACAUGAAAAGCAGCGAUUAUGUAAAAGUACAGAUUAUAUGAAUUUGCACUUCAAAGUGAAAUGGUUUUAUAAUGAAUAUGUGCGAGAACUCCCUGCUUUCAAGGAUGCAGUGCCUGAGUACUCUCUGUGGUUUGAACCAUUUGUCAUUCAGUGGCUGGAUGAAAAUGAGGAUGUCUCAAUGGAGUUUCUUCAUGGGGCACUAGAAAGAGACAAAAAAGAUGGGUUUCAGCAAACAUCAGAUCAUGCCCUUUUCUCUUGCUCCGUGGUUGAUGUCUUCACACAGCUCAAUCAAAGCUUUGAGAUCAUCAGGAAGCUGGAGUGUCCUAAUCCAGAAGCACUAUCUCAUUUAAUGAGAAGAUUUGCAAAGACUAUCAACAAAGUGCUUCUUCAGUAUGCUGCAAUUAUUUCUAGUUACUUCAGUUCGUAUUGUGAUAAAGAAAAAGUGCCCUGUAUCUUGAUGAACAAUAUUCAACAGUUACGAGUCCAGCUUGAGAAAAUGUUUGAGUCCAUGGGAGGAAAGGAGUUGGAUCCUGAAGCUAGUGUUGGCCUAAAGGAACUUCAAGUGAAACUUAGUAAUGUACUGGAUGAACUCAGCAUGACAUAUGCUACAAGUUUCCAACUUGUUAUUGAAGAUUGUGUGAAACAAAUGAGCUCUGAGCUGAGCCAGAUGCGAGGCAAUGGCAACGCAGCAGGCAACAAGAACAGCGCAGCCCUCGAUGCCGAGCUGGUGCUGAGGCCGCUCAUGGACUUUCUGGAUAAAACCUUAAGCCUCUCUGCGAAAAUCUGUGAGAAGACAGUUCUGAAACGGGUUCUGAAAGAGCUGUGGAAGCUGGUCCUGAACAAAAUAGAAAAGCAGAUUGUGCUUCCACCACUGACGGACCAGAGUGGGCCGCAGAUGAUAUUCAGCGCAGCCAAAGAUCUUGGACAGCUGUCAAAACUCAAGGACCAUGUGAUUCGAGAGGAAGCCAGGAGCCUGACCUUGAGGCAGUGUGCAAUCAUGGAAGUAGCCUUAGCUACUAUUAAGCAAUACUUCCAUGCUGGAGGCAGUGGGCUGAAAAAGAACUUCCUGGAAAAGAGCCCAGACCUGCAGUCCCUGAAAUACGCUCUUAGCCUUUACACACAAACUACCGAUGCCUUGAUUAAGAAAUUCAUACACACGCAGACAUCGCAAAGCCAAGCUUCUAAUAAUUCAGUGGGAGAGAUAUCCAUACAGGUGGAUGUUUCUACACACCCUGGAACUGGCGAGCAUAAAGUUACAGUAAAAGUUGUAGCAAUUAAUAAUCUAAAUUGGCAAACAACAGCUAUGUUCCGACCGUUUGUGGAAGUCUGUGUAUUAGGUCCUAACCUCAGUGACAAGAAACGAAAACACGGAACUAAGACAAAGAGCAACACGUGGUCACCAAAAUACAAUGAAACGUUCCAAUUCAUUCUGAGUAACGAAGAUAGGCCAGGUGCCUACGAGCUUCAUCUCUCAGUGAAAGAUUACUGCUUUGCCAGGGAAGAUCGCAUUAUAGGAAUGACAGUUAUUCAGCUGCACAACAUUGCAGAGAAAGGGAGCUGUGCCUCCUGGUACCCCUUGCUGAGAAGCAUCUCCGUAGAUGAGACUGGGCUCACAAUCCUUAGAAUACUUUCUCAGAGGACCAAUGAUGAAGUUGCUAAAGAAUUUGUAAGACUUAAAUCAGAAACAAGAUCUGCUGAAGAAACAGCCUAAAAUACCCUAGGAAUGCAAGAUUGUCACCGCCAAGAACAUAGCCCCGUGCUGUUGUCCGAGUAGUGCAUGCCUGUGCAAAUCUGUGGGAAUGUUUAAUUAACCACGUCUUCGGUGUUUGCCAGUACUUAGGUACUAUAUUUGCAAAGUACGUCCAGGAGCUCUGUAUCUUUUAUACAUAUUUUGGUCUUUGGUAAAGUAAUUGUUCCAAUAAAGUGCCAAAACUAAGAUUAAGAGCAAAUGAUUCAUGAUAUAUUUUAAAAUGAUGAUUUCACCUCAUCACAGUUCAUUUAUUUUUUAACAUCUAUUAAUAAAUAAUUAGCUCUCUGAGUUAAUAUGCUGUCUCUGUUAAAAUACUAUGUUGCUUAUUGUAAAUUAAGUUACCUCCCUUACUAUUAAAUUAAAAAUGUAGCUAAUUCCAAACUAUCAUUUUAUGCUAGCAUCAUUUUAGAUAUCUUACAGAUAACUUUUUCUAUCACUACUACAGAUGCAGUUACUUAUAGGAAGUGUUUGUAAUUUUAUAAUGACCAAUAUAAAGUAAUGAUUUUUGCAUAAAAACUGAAAAAGGAUGGAAAUAUUUUAUGCUAAUCUUUUUCCAACCUUUCAUAAAUAUCACUGUGAAGAAAUGCUGUUAAAGCAAGUUCUCAAGAAGCUGUGCUUAUCCACGUUUGUUACUGCUGUUUGAUAUCUUGAGAUAACUUUGUUCUUCAAAACUGCCAAGGUAAUAUCAUAUUUGUAUUAAAAAGGUAAGUCAAUAUCUGCAGAAAAAGACUGCCACACAGAAGGGUAUAUAUGUGCUUUAAAAGAAUUCAUUUUUUUUUUAAUGAUACGGUAYUGUAUAAGGGUUAAUAGUUUGGAAUAUGUAAAGCUGGUUUGUGGUUUGUUUCUAGAAAGUGUUUAUGAAAAAUAAUGAUGCUGUUAGCAUUUUCACUCAGAGUUACUAAUGUUGCUUUACAUACUUAGCUGUGACAUCAGUUAAGUGCUUUAUUUCUUUUUUUUAGAAAAGUUCGAAAGUUUGUACUUAUGCAACAUUACUAUGUAUUGCACUAAAGCAACCUCUGUGUCCUGUAAAUAUAUUUAGUGAGAAAUUGUAAAAUAAAGUAUAAAGAGACUGCUUCUAGUUUUGUCAUUUGAUAUAAUUUACGUAUCUAUAGGUUUUAAAUGCACGUGAGGCCAAUUUACAAGGCUACAACAUGGCAUUAUGAUAUAUCAAAGCAUGGAUUCUGAUGUCUACAUCUGCAUCUUUCAUAACUGUA